AUGGCGUUCUCUCUCUCGACGACCCAAAAACUCGGGUGCACCCGCGUGCGCGCGCAGCGCGCGCCCGUCAAGCGCAACGCCGCGCGCAGCGCGCGCACGGUCGUGCCCCGCGCGGCGAGCGCAUCCGCGGACGUGCCGGAUAUGACGAAGCGAAGCGUUAUGAACCUUCUGCUCGUCGGUGCGAUCGGUUUGCCGGCGACGUCGUUGAUCGGCGGCUAUGCCUACUUCUUCGUGCCCCCGAGCGCCGGCGGCGGCGGCGCCGGUCAACCGGCUAAGGACGCGAAUGGUAACGACAUCAAGAAGGGAGAAUGGCUCAAGACGCACUUGCCGGGCGACUACUCGCUCACGCAAGGCUUGAAGGGUGACGCCACGUACUUGAUCGUCAAGCAAGAUGGUUCCCUCACGGACUUCGGGUUGAACGCUGUGUGCACGCACUUGGGCUGCGUCGUCCCGUGGAACAAGGCCGAGAACAAGUUCAAGUGCCCGUGCCACGGCUCCCAGUACAACGCCGACGGGAAGGUGAUUCGCGGUCCGGCUCCACUUUCCUUGGCCCUCGCCCACGUCGUCGUGACGGACUCCGACGUGGUGACGUUUACGCCGUGGACUGAAGCUGACUUCCGGACCGGCCAGAAUCCUCCAUGGUGGAAGUAA